AUGGCAGUCGCACAGCGCCACGACGGAGUCGGCCAGUACGGCUUCAGUCAGCAGUACUCUAGGAUGGCCCCGCCAUCCUCGUACCUGAACUUCGGUUACGAUCGUCGAUCGCAAGCAGACGAACACGCCGAGCCCAUGUGGCCUGUACCUCGUAUGCAGCAGCAGCUUCAGCAAGGCUCUGCCGCUGACAGGUCAAGGCAUCUAGCGGGCUACUCCAACAGCUUCUCACAACCAGAUCUGGCUCGCCAUCAAGAACACCCAAGCAACUACACUUACGACAACUCAUCAUCAGCGGCUUUGCGUAAUCCAGUGGUCUACAGCCAGCCGGCACAAGUGCCCUGGGGUAUGGCCGGCCAGUCCAGCACCGACUAUGCCGAGUAUCCUACGGCAUCCUUCAUGGCUCCUAUGGCUCAGCGGCCCCAACCUUCUCUUCACAGCCAAGCUCCUUACCUUGGCGGCAACAGCGGUGCAUAUGGCGACUCGUCUCUACACGCCGGUAACGAUGCCUUCCCUAAGAUGAUGAACGGCUCGGCGCCCGCUCUCGGCGCUCCAUACGAUCACACUGCCGAGACGCUUUGGCCGUUGGGUCCUAACUCCCUCGACGCUUUCGCUGGCAUCCCAGCACCAUCGGGUCAAGUGACGCGUAUCACGCUGACUUCGGCGGCAGACAGGGGCAAACUCAAAGCUAGGUCGUCGGUUCCUCCACCCAAGCAAUUCAAAUGUUCGGCGUGCGAUGCUAUCUUCAGUCGCAACCAUGAUCUCAAGCGUCACGCUCGCAUUCACUUGGCUGUCAAGCCUUUCCCAUGUGGCUACUGUGACAAGGCUUUCAGUCGCAAGGACGCUCUGAAACGUCACGUCUUGGUCAAAGGAUGCGGUAUUGGCAACAAGAAGCAGAAUGACAGCCGAAAACGCGCAGCGACGUUGUCCAAGCUCGAACACAGCGAAGGUGGCAGCACUGCCCGUGCUCCUUACGACGGUGGCUCAUCCGACGCAAGGGUCCGCGACUUUAGCGGCUUCCGAGAUGACCUGCACUAUCAAGGUCAGCAGCAGCAGCAUCAAGGUCUGCAGGGUGACGCCUGCAAUUCUCGUGGUCUUCCCGACAGGAUAAAUGCGUCCUGGCCAACGGCGUUCCCGGACCCUAACAAUGCAUCUUCGAACGUCAAGACAGAGUAUGGUUCCUCCCACGGUACGCAGUUGCCGCAAGGUGGGUCGCUCCAGUCAUAUUGUGCUCCUCAGCAGCAGCAGCCUUCAUACCCUACCUUUGGCAUGGGCGAGGAUGCCUUCCAGCAGUCUCAGCAGCAGCGACAGCAGCUUCCUGGCGGCCUUGUGAAUGCAUUCACAUCACCGGGAGGCACCUCUGCCUCGUCUCCAGCCGACUUGAAACCCAUCAUGAGCGGCAACGCCGGCAUGAGCGCGCCUGGAAUGCCCAACGAGUCUGGUAACGGCUUUGGUGGCUACGAGGCCCAGAACAAGGAUCGCUUCGGUCCCGCAAACUACCCAACAGCACCUAAGAUCUCGCCCUCGCUCAACGCUGGACCCGAUCAAGACAUGAACCACCCGCAUGCCAUUUCGAACUUGAAGAGGCAGCAACAACAGCAGCACCAGCAACAGCCUUUUGGCUCGUACUUUGGCAACAAUGCCGCCAACUAA